GGCGGCGGAGCCGAGCGGGGCCGGGCCGGGCGGCGAUGGCGGCGGGACGCGGCGGGGACUGGCAGGGAGUGACGGUCGUGCUCCUCUUCCUCGGUGUGCUGACACCGGCGGGCGCCGCCUCAGCUGCCGCUCUGCCUGUAGUCAUCAACACCUGGGCGUUUAGGACGGCCGCAGACACAGCUUGGAGAGUAUUGGAGUCGGGAGGUUCAGAGCUGGAUGCGGUUGAGAGAGGCUGUGGCCAGUGUGAGAUCGAUCAGUGCGAUGGCAGCGUGGGCUACGGAGGAAGCCCGGAUGAGAGUGGAGAAACAACUCUGGAUGCAAUGAUUAUGGAUGGCAACACUAUGGAAGUUGGGGCUGUUGCAGAUCUCAGGCGUGUGAAAAAUGCGAUUGGUGUAGCACGAAAGGUCAUUGAAUACACUAAGCAUACAUUACUAGUGGGAGAGUCAGCCUCCCUGUUUGCUGUAAAAAUGGGAUUUCCAUAUGAAGAUUUAACUACUCAGAAAUCCCUUUCGCUGUAUUCAGAGUGGCUUAAUCAAAGCUGUCAGCCAAACUACUGGAAGAAUGUGGUGCCAGACUCUUCAAAGUCCUGUGGACCGUAUAAACGGCGUGAAGAAGUAACUUAUAAAGAAGAACAGACCAGCUCACAAAGAAAUAUUCAUAACCAUGAUACUAUUGGUAUGGUUGUAAUUGGCGCGAGUGGAACUGUUGCUUCUGGGACAUCUACUAAUGGUGCAAUCCACAAACUUCCAGGGCGUGUGGGAGAUUCUCCAAUAGCUGGAGCAGGAUCCUACGCGGACAGUACAGCCGGAGGAGCUGCAGCCACUGGGGAUGGUGACAUCAUGAUGCGCUUCUUACCCAGUUACCAAGCUGUGGAAUAUAUGAGGAUGGGAACAGACCCAACAUUAGCCUGUCAGAAAGUUAUUUCCAGAAUCCAGAAGUACGCUCCAAAGUUCUUUGGUGCUAUCAUUUGCGCCAAUACAACUGGAAGUUACGGUGCUGCAUGUAAUAAAAUUCCAGGAUUCACACAGUUUCACUUCAUGGUUUCAAACCCUUUGCUAAGUCGACCAACUGAGCAAGUAGUAGACUGCAUUUAAUUCCUUUUGUCCUGUUAGCAUCUCAGCUUAGAAGAGGACAGUGCUAAGUACCACCAGUUACUACUUCUUAAAAAUGGUUGUUUCUAGCAUUUAAUGGCUAUUAUGGUCUGCUUGUUUUCCUAAGAACUGAGUAGCCAGAAGUGAUGAAUAGUAAUCAUUGAACAGGCCCUUUGCCUUGCCAUUUAACAAUAUAUUUGUCAGACAUUUGGAAUAACGGGCUGGAAGUGGAACUAUGACUCUACACAUAAAAUUUAUGUUGAGAAUAUGUAAUUGUCUUUCUUAAGAUUUAGUUGAGGUUUUCUCUUGAAAAGAAAAUUGCUGAAAUGAAAAUGCUGACAUGCAAGAAAAAGGGCUUGAGGAGUAGUGGAGACUAUUUCAAACCUUUAAUGAAGAGAUAAGAAGUCCUUAUGGACCAUUCUAACUUCUUCCACAACAGCUAAGGAUACAUUUGAAUAGACAGUACAUGCAAGCAUCCCUAGUAGUACAAACUUUUGAGGAAUUUUGGUUGACUGACUGGAUGUGAAGACAAAUGAUUAGAAAUCAUCUCGUCACCCAUUUUUGUAGUGGAAGUUAUGAACCAUAAUCACAGUGAUUUCCUUGUCAGUAAUAUGCUGUGCACUCACCCUGUCCUACAGCACAUUAACCUCUGCAAAGGAGCAGUUGAAUGCCUAGAGUGUGACAGUUACCUAUAGCUUUGGGUUUUGUCAUUUUCUGUGUCUAGAGACACCAGGAUUCAUUUGGAAUAGAACUUUAGCAUCAUGGGUUUUGGAACAGAACUUUAGCAUUUACAAGUAUUUGAAGAUCUGUUUGAUCAUUCUCUUAAAUUGGUGGCUUGCUGAUUUGAUGGAAUCGUUGCUGAACUUGAGCUAAGAAAUGGCAAAAGAGGAGAGCGGGUAAAAAGGAUGUGUCUUGUCACUUUAAUUAUUCUCUGUCUAGUUAAAUAAAAUCAUUGGGUAAUAAAAGCACACAUUAAUGUAUUAAUAAAGUCAUUUAGAUGCUUGUGUACUGUGCAUUAGAUUAAUUGUUGCUUUAUGUUUCAAGGUAGUAUCUUUAAAAGCUGGAAAUAAACCAUUCACUUCACCAGAAUGGCUGUUUAAUGGCUUGCUAUUGAACUUCAUCAACAAAGUGAUUUAUUCACUUCUGUCACUGGAUCCUCAGAGCAUGUUGUAGCAGUGUUCACUGCAGGCCACAGAAAACUUUUGUCAGAGAAGCUCCUACUGAAUACAUCUGUAAUGGAUUAAGAAGAGUUUUCUACCUGUGCUACCUAGAAUCCUUCUUCCAUGGCUGCUCUAUCUUCAGACAACUCAGGCAGUCAAGUGCAAAUAGAUUAAUAAAAUCCUAGUGAUUGCUACUUUGAAGAUUGCAGCAUGGAUUAUGAACAUCGAAGGUUCAGUACUGCGAGCAGAGCAGUAAUGUCUCAAAUUUCUGCAGCUGAAUUCUCCCGGAUUCAUUUCUCAAAGAGGUUUGGGAACAUCCAUAGCUUGCUUUCUAGAGUGCUUAUGUCACUCUGUACUAGCUAGUCUGUGCCAGUAAAGGUUAUAGUGCCCUAUAA